AUGACUGUUGGUUCAGCGUUUACUGUGGGUGUCGAGGAGGAAUGCAACACCGCACUCUCUCGUUGGAUAGCAGCCACACUGGAGCAGACACACCAAGUGGCAGCGACAGCGAAGCCCUCACAGCAGCACGACGCAACUGCUCGUCCAGAGUCACAGCAGCACGACGCAACUGCUCGUCCAGAGUCACAGCAGCACGACGCAACUGCUCGUCCAGAGUCACAGCAGCACGACGCAACUGCUCGUCCAGAGUCACAGCAGCACGACACAACUGCUCGUCCAGAGUCACUUCACGUCUCAGCUAAUCUCCUAAAGUCAAGUCACAUCACAGCUGCUCGUCCAGAGUCAUUUCAUGUCUCAGCUGAUCUCCUAAAGUCAAGUCACGUCACAGCUGCUCGUCCAGAGUCACAGCAGCAUGACACAGCUGCUCGUCCAGAGUCACAGCGUCACGUCUCCGCUGACCUUCCAGAGUCACAGCGUCACGUCUCCGCUGACCUUCCAGAGUCACAGCGUCACGUCUCCGCUGACCUUCCAGAGUCACAGCGUCACGUCUCCGCUGACCUUCCAGAGUCACAGCGUCACGUCUCCGCUGACCUUCCAGAGUCACAGCGUCACGUCUCCGCUGACCUUCCAGAGUCGGGUCACAUCCGGGCUGACACACUCAGAUCAUCAAGGUCCCAGGCUCUGCUGUGGGUUCCUGAUCCGUCGUGGUGGGCUCCUGCUCUAUCUGCGCCACUGUGGUGGUCUUCGGGUCCGUCUGCUCCGCUCUGGUGGUCUUCUGCUCCACCUGUUCCACCCGCUCCGCUGUGGUGGUCCACUAUCUGGCUCUGGUGGUCUUCUGCGCCGCCCUGGUGGGCUCAACCUCCGUCUGGUCCGCCCUGGUGGGCUCAACCUCCGUCUGGUCCGCCCUGGUGGGCUCAACCUCCGUCGGCUCCGCCCUGGUGGGCUCAACCUCCGUCGGCUCCGCCCUGGUGGGCUCGUGUUCUGUCGGCUCCGCCCUGGUGGGCCCCAGUCCCGCCUGCUCCGCCCUGGUGGGCUCCAGUCCCGUCCUCUCUGCCCUGGCUUCCUGCUCUGCCGGCUCUACCUCGGUCCCAGAUCACUCCGCUGCCACAAGGACCUGGCCCUCCAUCCCUCCCCCUGUUCCGCCUCCGCUCCACCUCCCUCCUGAUUAUAGACUGUGUGGAGCGUCUGGAAGCCGCUCUUUGGGGGGGGGCUCUGUCACGAAUCUGGUCUGCACUCCCGUUCAUUCACCACUAGAGGUCACCCGCUCACCACAUGGACUUUCACACCACACAUCACAUGGACUGCAUUUCCCAUCAGCCAUCUCACCAAUCACACGCACACAGCUGUCACCAAUCACUCAUUGCACUAAUCACACGCACACCUGAUCACACAGCAUCACUAAUCACACACACUAUUUCAACCCUGGACAUUCUCUCCCUCGUUGCCGAGUAUUGUACGCAUUAUCGCUGCUCUACGGAGCCCCGUUUGUUUCCCUAGUUUUGCCUCGCCUCGCCUUUGUUGGAUUGUGUUUUCCCCUGCCUGGACUAUCGCUGAUGUUUUGACUACCUCUCCUGUCUCGCCCCCUUGGAUACUGUUCGCCAAUCAUCGACCCACGCUUGUCUUAGUUCACUCUUCGUCUCGUCCAUGUUAUACCUGUUUGCUAUUGUUUGACCCUGCCUGUACGACCACGUCUCUGCUUAUUAAUAAAGUCUGCAAAUGGAUCCGCACGCCUCUCGUCUCGUCA